UGACAACUUCUCAUCUACUUAAUUCGAUUACCAGCCAUCCACACAAACACAGCUCUAACACAAGGAGAGCUCUCUUUCUUCAUGGUUGAGCCUUAAACGACAAGAAUAUGGCUAUCUCUCUGAAUUCAGUCGUGGGUUUCAACUCAACGCUGCAAGCCAAUUACCAAAAUGUGUCAAGAUCUUCUAUUGGAGCUUCAGUAUCAAAAGCCUCCCAAUUUGCAUCCUUCUCAGGAAAGUUGGGGUCCAGUAGUCUUCUGAAGGAAAAAAGAUUGAGCCUUUGUUUUUCAGUUGCUAAUAGUGAUAGUCUUACCACAAAAACCAGUGAUGAGGGUUCUGGAAAUGCAGAAAAUAGUCAGUUGCAAGAUAGUAUUAAUAAUGACUCUGGGUCUCAAGCCUCUGAAGCCUCUAAUGGAUCAACAGUUUCUUCAGAUUUGAAGCCGAAGACACCAUCAUCAUCUCCAAACCUUCAAUCCACGCUGAAAAGGUCACCACUAACAGCAAAAGAGAGACUGAGGGCUGCCCGGGUUCUCAACCGUUACUCAGAAUCAAAGGCUACUAAGUCAGAAAUGGGCAGCAAAGUAUUGGACGCUCUAAGAGAUAGUGAUCGUGGGAAGAAAAGAUCCGGGCUUCCAGAGGCCCCUACAAACUUAUUUGAUGACAGCAAGCGAGGAAUGCCAAAGCAGGGCUUAACUUUUCAGUUUCCAGGAGGUGUUGAGCUGCUUGCUAUUGUCGUUUCAUUUGUUUUAAUAAGUACAGUGAUGUUUGCUACGACAUUCAUUGUGUGGAAAGUUGGUGCCAUCCAUUUUAAUGAGUACUAAGGUGGAGAGCAGUGAGGUACUGCGUUAUGGAAAAAUUACAUUUUUAAAGUAUAUGUGUAAAUCACAAGUUAGCUGAAUUUCAGGUACUUUAAUUAGAUGCUCAUCUUGUGCAAGGGUAGGAUGAAUCUUUUUUUUUCAGGCAAGAUACAUAUCCUUGAAUGUAAGAAAGAUUUGCUCACUCAACAGUUAUACAUCAGUGAUCAACAUUUACUGCUU